AUGGCCCAGAAACUGCUCAGCAACGCGGCCGCAGAGCGCAUGAACUUUGUGGCCCAGGACGAGAUCUGGAAAUACCGUCUGAAGACCGAAUCGGAAGCCCGGCAGAACUGGCCAGCAAAAUGGGGGUAUUUGACAACCUCCAUGAAAGAGCUGCUUGAGGGUGAAGAAGAACCAGAAGCCCCAAAGCCCAAGGUUGAGCUUCCCAGCCACUUCCGAGUCCGUCCAGUGAGCCCCAUGGAUAAAUACAUUAAGAUUCUCCCAUCGCCCCCAGUCCCAAAAACCACCCAGGGCUUCAUCGGAUGGCGAUCUGGGAUGCCAGCCCUGUACUGCUUGGAGCAGUACUCAGACAUCCGCAGCUGCAAAGGGGCUUACGCCCGAGAACUGUGCUGGCCCAAGCAAGGCGUGCACUGA